AUGGACUACAUGGUCAAAGCCCUGCUUUACACUCUGGUGGACUGUAUUCACAACUCUUCACUCCAGCUUCAUGUGACUGAUGCUCAGGCCUGGAGUGGGUCAUCAGGAGAGCUGCUAUCAAGCAGGGGCAUGUCCAGAUCUCACAUUCUAGGGUGGCAUGAAGUUUGUGAGUCCACGCAGUUUGACUUAAAG